GGCGCGGCGCGGAGGGGCGCGGAGCCGGCGGCUCGGGGCCCAGAGAGCGCGGCGGCCGGGAGCCCGCCGGCCCCUGACAGCCCCCUCCCCCCGGCGGGCGACGACGACGACGACGAGGACGCCGCUCAUGGCGGAGCGGCGAGCCCAGCGCGGGCCCUGAGCGCCGCCGCAUGGAGCGGGACGAGCGGCCGCCCAGCGGAGGGGGAGGCGGCGGGGGCUCGGCGGGGUUCCUGGAGCCCCCCGCCGCGCUCCCCCCGCCGCCGCGCAACGGUUUUUGUCAAGACGAGUUGGCAGAGCUUGACCCAGGCACCAUUUCUGUUCCAGAUGAUCGGGCUGAACAACGCACCUGCCUCAUUUGUGGGGACCGCGCCACAGGCUUGCACUAUGGAAUCAUCUCCUGUGAGGGCUGCAAAGGGUUUUUUAAGAGGAGCAUUUGCAACAAGCGGGUAUACCGGUGCAGUCGUGACAAGAACUGUGUCAUGUCUCGGAAGCAGAGGAACAGGUGCCAGUAUUGCCGCCUUCUCAAAUGCCUCCAGAUGGGGAUGAAUCGGAAGGCAAUCAGAGAAGAUGGCAUGCCUGGAGGCAGGAAUAAGAGCAUUGGGCCUGUCCAGAUAUCCGAGGAAGAGAUUGAGAGGAUCAUGUCUGGGCAGGAAUUCGAGGAGGAGGCCAAUCACUGGAGCAACCCUGGUGACAGCGAUCACAGUUCGCCUGGGAACAGAGCUUCAGAGAGCAACCAGCCCUCUCCCGGCUCCACCCUGUCCUCCAGUAGGUCGGUGGAGCUCAAUGGAUUCAUGGCCUUCAGGGAACAGUACAUGGGGGUGUCUGUCCCGCCACACUAUCAGUAUAUACCGCACCUUUUUAGCUACUCUGCCCACUCGCCACUGCUGCCCCCCCAAGCUCGCAGUCUGGACCCCCAGUCUUACAGCCUGAUUCACCAGCUGGUGUCGGCCGAGGAUCUGGAGCCGCUGGGCACACCGAUGCUGAUCGAGGAUGGAUAUGCUGUGACCCAGGCCGAGCUGUUUGCCCUGCUCUGCCGCCUGGCUGACGAGCUGCUCUUUAGGCAAAUUGCCUGGAUCAAGAAACUGCCUUUCUUCUGUGAGCUCUCAAUCAAAGAUUACACGUGCCUGCUGAGCUCCACGUGGCAGGAGUUAAUCCUGCUGUCCUCCCUCACUGUCUAUAGCAAGCAGAUCUUUGGGGAGCUGGCCGACGUCACUGCCAAGUACUCGCCUUCCGAUGAAGAGCUGCACAGAUUCAGUGAUGAAGGAAUGGAGGUGAUCGAGCGGCUCAUCUACCUGUAUCACAAGUUCCAUCAGCUGAAGGUCAGCAACGAGGAGUAUGCGUGCAUGAAAGCGAUUAACUUCCUAAACCAAGAUAUCAGGGGUUUGACGAGUGCCUCGCAGCUGGAACAGUUGAACAAGCGAUAUUGGUACAUUUGCCAGGAUUUUACUGAGUAUAAAUACACACAUCAGCCGAACCGCUUUCCUGACCUCAUGAUGUGCUUACCUGAGAUUCGGUAUAUUGCAGGAAAGAUGGUGAACGUGCCCCUGGAGCAGCUGCCCCUCCUCUUCAAGGUGGUGCUGCAUUCCUGCAAGACAAGCGUGGGCAAGGAGUGAGCCGCCCGGGACGGGGGCGCGGAGCAGCCCGCCCCGUGGCUUCCGGAGCAAGAAGAGUUUGUUUGUUUGUUUGUUUGUUUGUUUUUUAACCUCAUUUUUCUAUAUAUUUAUUUCACGACAGAGUUGAAUGUAUGGCCUUCCACACGAUGCACAGGCUUUUGUGUGAAUGCAGCCGAUGCAUUUCCUUGCAGUUUACAGAAUGUGAAGAUGUUUAAUGUCACAGU